UCAAAAGUCGAGGAAGAUAUGCCUGUCGAACAAAAAUGUCUACAAUUCGACCCAAUGGAAGUUCUUUAAGAAAUCAUAGCAAUGCGUUGAGAAGGUUGCUAUCUUCUCCGUAUGCCCGUUUACCAAAGAGUUGUAUAGAAUGUAGAAGGCGAAAAAAAUCAUGCGAAGGAGGUGUGCCAGGUUGCGAUAACUGUCAAAAGAGAGGUACGGUGCAUUUAUGCAGAUAUGGCGAUGAAAGGGAUGAAAUGCAGCCUGAAAAUGUAGCGGAACAGACCAACGGAGAGGACCAAUCAAUGAUACACGAGUCUACUCCCUACAAACGCUCACCAAUGCAAGACACUUCACGACUGGAGAGACUCAGCAAUGCAGCAAUAGAAGGUGGGAGGUUGGAACAAAAUCCAACGGUCGAUAGAACGAAUGAGGGAGAUCGUGCAAUGCAGUUCAACGAUCCAGUCGAGCCAAACGUAGUACAUCAUAAUAGGGAUUGCCUGCCAAAAUGGAGAUCUCAUCUUGUGGCAUCUAGGUCAAAAUUGCCAACAAAAUGGCAAGCCGACCAACUUAUCACACUUCAUCGGCAAUAUCUUUCAUUCGGAGGUUUGAUGAUGCUGGAUGAUGAGAAUCUAACUGAAAAUGUAUACUUCAACUUUCAGCAGCCGGGCGGCGCACAAACAGUGGAAGACGAAGAAGAAUUUUCGAUGAACGUCAACGAUGCUGAUGCAUCAUCUAUAGCUCUCGUUUUGGUCAUCUGUGCUUCUGCUUUAAGCAUGCUUCCUGUCUCGCUCACGUUCCCGAUCACGAUCGGAUCAACACUGAACACAAACCACAAUGAGAGAAUUGCCGAUGUUUGGACGCAGCUUGCUGUGGAAUAUUUCGAUCAAGGCGAUCUGUAUAGAAUACCAAAAUUCGAAUCGUUUGAGGCUUUGGUCCUAUACGAGUAUAAUCUGCUCAAUGUUGGUAAUCGGUACAGUAUGAUCCAUCGUUUGGAUAUCGCCGUUCGUAUCGGUCGUAUCCUAGGUUUAGACAGGCUUGGCUCGGCAGAUGACGAUCAAACACGAUGGGAUAAGCUCGACAGAGAUAAGCAUGCUUCUCCAACAUCUUCCUCACAGCACGCUAGCGAUGUUCAAAGGCAUGAUCGAACAACAAACAAGCUCGUUUCCACUGUACCUCUCAAUACAUUCGCCUCCGGUGAUUGGGCGUCAAGAACGUUUGCUGCUAGAGAUCAUCAUAAACGCGAAUGCGGCAGAAGUUUAUGGAAUUUGUUGGCUUUUAGAGAUUGGAAUUCGGGUCCACAAGCAGGAGGGACGUAUAAUAUCAAUCCUAGUACAUUCACUACCCAAUGGCCUCAAGUCAGGCUAGUACGUACUUGGAAGCAUAGCCAUCUUUCAUGCCCUCAUAGACAGUCAGGCAACAAUGGCACAAGUGACGUAGAAGAAAGUGAUCCAUGGCCUUAUCUUGGCAAUGCAUCCGAGAUUUUUCGUAGAUUUAUCGAUUUGAGUGGAGAAGCAGCGGCAUAUAACGAAGAUAUGCAUUAUGAUGAUAUGUUAAAGUUGGACAAAAUGUUGAUGGAUCUUUUGGAUAGAAGACCUGAAUGGAUUCGACCGGAGACGGGAGCAUCUCGUUGGCGAUUUGGAAUUCAGACAACUUCAGGCAAAGACGAGUGCAAGGAAGAGAUUGAGAUCAGAUGGAAGUAUAUCCCUACUUUCAAAAGCCAUAUGGAUCAAUGUUGUUCAUUGAUGAAUUUGCUUUCGAGUACAUUAUGGCAUAAACUCUUUAUCAUCCAUCGUCCAUUCUUAUCGCGAAGCUUGAGUCAGCCUGAUGUGUACGGUCUCACACAACACAGAACGAUUUAUGGCGCCCUAUUACUGCUCGAGUGUUCUAAUCAGUACACCGAAGAGUCGAAUACCACAGUACUACUUUUCCGACUUCAACAUGCUGCCAUUGCCUUGAUUUCGAUGUUACUACUCCAGGGCGCGAUGUUUCCAAAUGCAAGAAGACGUGAAGCAGCAUCUAGGACCACAUUGGCCGUUAAUGGCGAAACGGGAUCAAAUGUGGCACCAUCCUCUCUCAGCUUUGAUUCUUUACGUAUUCACAAGGGUCUCUCUUUUGCAAUUCAGGCGCUCAAGAGUCAUGGGCAGAGAUCUGCAAUUCAUCGAGAGGGAGUGGUCGCAUCAGGUGGAGUCUUUCAUGGCCUUGGCGAUGCUCUAGAACAGCUCUUAAAUACUGCUGGAAGAUUAGAAUGGCGACAAAGACGUGCAAGUACGAGAAAGUCAAACGUAAACACUACAUCUCAACACGGUCAAGCCGAGUCUUUUACGUUACCUUCGGAUGCUUCGCUAUUGCAUUCUCGAUCAGACCCACCAGUAGGUACAAAUCCAACCUUAUCCAACCCCAUUCCUGUCAACGGGCUACAGUCAAUCGGCAUGACUAGCCCUGCAACAAACUUUAGUGGCACUGUGAGUCAUACUCCCAGCACAAACGAACUGAUGCAGAACCAGAGCAUCUCCCAAUUAGAUCAAGAUUUGUUCCGAUUGCUUGGCGGUCAAGUGCCUUUACAGACUGGAGGGAAUAAUGGAGAGUACAACAUGCAAUUGCUCAACGCUCAUGAACCACCAACAAAGUCAAAUAUUGCUCCUACACAAUUACCUUUGAAUGAUGGUAUCCUUCCCGAAAGACCACCUUGGGUUCAAGAGGAUUUAUGGCAGAGUAUUUUUGACACAUUAAACAAUUGGAACGUUUAAUACAUUUGUAUUUGUACAUCUUCAGGUCAUUCAUUUAGAGUGAUCACUGUAUCUAUAUUGCUUCGAAUUCUAUUACGCUUGGACAAAACGAGAUUUGGUUCUUAGCCAGGGACCAUAUUGAUACAAUGCGAACGGAACAGGAAUCUGGUAGAGUGGAGAGAGUGUGUGAACAUGUCAGCGAUUGCCUGUAAUUAAUGAA